AAGUUAUCGAGAUGUGGAUAUUUAUAACUCUCACCCUCACUCUGACGCUCCCGCUUCAAAAUCACCUGCUAUUUCCUGCUCUGAAGUCUGAAUUGAUCCGACUAAGCCCAGUCCCAACAUUUGCGUGCCAAGCACAAAGAUGAGCCCUUGCUGCGACCAGAGCACGGGGGAUCAGCACGCUAUAGCUAAUCCCGGAAUGGAGGAUCCUAAACUGAGGGGCAAGAGAAUGGAGGCAGAUGAGGGUUUGAAUACCGUCGAGUGCCUCAGAGGAAGAUUGCUCUCCGAGAGACAGGCUUCUAGGGCUGCAAAUGAGGAAGCAGAGUCUAUGGGCAACAAGCUGGUUGAGUUAGAAAGAAACUUCGAGAUGAGAUCGAUUUAAGAGAGAGAGCGGAGAGAAGGCUCAGAAAGCUGAAUAAAAAGCUUCAGUCCCUGAAGUUAUUCUCUACAUCAGAAGAAUCGGAGCAAUUAUCUUCCCUGGAGAAAUCUGCAAGCUUUUGCGGAUCUCCCGCAGGUAGCUUUGCUUCCAGAGAUUCAGAGGCGAGUGAAACUAAGAUUCUUACAACCAACCCAUCUUUGUCAGAAAUUGCAAUGCAGAGUGUUUCAGAACCCUCGGCUCCCAUGGAUAAAGGCCAUGAUUCUCAUGGUUCUGCUUCUGAUAAUUACACCCGUGAUUCAAAUUCAGAUUGUUCUUUCCUCGAAAAUUCAAAUUCUCUGGAUUUGAACAAUGAUGAUAGCAGUUCGACCUCUAGAUCAUCUUCAAAAGAUUUCAGUUCUCAAGAUUCGAAGAAUGAUGAAUGCAGGCAGUCUAGUUCAAGCUCAAAAUCCUCAGUGACAGAGUGCGAGGAUGAUGACAGAGAUUACAUCGACAACUCUCUGGCAUUAGUGCCAGUGAAUUUUCCAGUAACAACUAAAGAGGCAAGAGAAGUAAAGCCAGUUCAUGAAAGUGUAAUUGAAGCUCUAGAUGCAUUGAGGCACGCGAGGGAGAAACUUCUAUGCUCAAUGGGAACAAGGCAUAUGAUUCAAGUUGGCCCUACCUAAGCCAUCACGCUGAUAUAGUAAUUAUGCUAAGCCAUUUUUCUAGUCGUGUUGAUGUAUGAUUGGAAAUGAGAUUAGUUGGCUCUGAAACUGGAGGAAGAAAGAGUAGAGAUAAUAAGAUGACUAGCCUUAGCUGGAUGGUAAAGUUGUUUUUUUUUUUUAUUGGCGUGUCGCUUGUCAUAUAAACCAUGUGAUGUAGGGAUUUGCUGUCAGGCUGAGGUUUGAGCCAUGGGGUCCGAGCUCUCUUUUGGCCAUAUUCUUUUCUUGUGCUUUUCCCCAUUCACUUUUUCUUUUUUCUUUUUUUUUCCCUGACAGAAAGAGUUUGAGUUGUGGAAUAAGGUCCCUUGAUUCUUGUGACUUUUGCCACCAUUAGUCCAUUACACUUGGUGCUUAUAAGUACUCGGCCACAUGAUUUUUUUUAGUUUCAUGGCGAGUUUAAUUUGUACAAUGUAAUCUUACAAGUGUCAGGCAGGCCUGAUCUGGGGAAAUGCAUUUUUCUGCGCCUUUGGUUA